AUGACGUCCCUCAGCCGGACUGGCCUGCGCGUCCCCUCGGUGCUGGUGCUGGUCAUGGUCCUGGUCGUCGUCCAGAGCCGGUGGGCCAGGGCGGGUCGCCCGGACCGCGCGGCGGCCGCCGCCGUGUUGGCGUCGGAGGAGUACGUGAGCGCCACGGUCAACGCCAGCGUGAUGGACGCGCGAGGACACGCCGUCCACGUCAUGAGCAGCGAAGACGGAACCUACGGCCAGAACUCGCCCAAAGUGGACACCCGCGCGCUGCUCGUCGUCACGCCCGCGCCGCGCCACGGAGUGGUGGAUCGUCAGGGCUGUGACCCCGACACGCGCUUUGUGGCGCCGCCCCGUGGCGUCCAGUGGGUGGCGCUGCUGCAGAGAGGGAACUGCACCUUCCGGGAGAAAAUUCUGAAGGCCGCCACCUUCAAUGCUUCCGCCGUGCUCAUCUACAACAACUCCACCAACAAGACUGUCAAGAUGGGCCACGAAGGUACGGGCGACACAGUGGCGGUGAUGAUCACGGAAGGUUAUGGCAAAGACAUCCUGGCCCAACUGGAAAGGAACCUGAGCGUGGUGGUGACGGUCUUUGUGGGUCAGCGCAUUCCCCCCAAGAACAUCAACCGAGGCUCGCUGGUCUUUGUGUCCAUCUCCUUCAUCGUCCUCAUGAUCAUCUCUUCGGCUUGGCUCAUCUUCUACUUCAUACAGAAGAUACGAUACGGCGGCGCGCCGCACCGUGGACACCGUCGUCUGGGCGACGCGGCCAAGAGGGCCAUCGGGAAGUUAAGCACCAGGACGGUGAAGAAAGGAGAUAAAGAGACGGAUCCUGACUUCAACCACUGUGCAGUUUGUAUCGAGUCAUACCAGCUGAACGACGUGGUCCGCAUCCUUCCCUGCAAGCACGUGUUCCACAAGGCCUGCGUGGAUCCGUGGCUCAACGAGCACUGCACGUGUCCCAUGUGCAAACUCAACAUCCUCAAGGCUCUGGGCAUUUCGGGUGGCGUGCCGUACGUAGACAGCGAGGUCCUGAAUGCCGAGCAUCCCGGUGGGGCUCAGGCGUCCGCCGGCCCCAGGGCGCCGCCUAGCCGGCGAAGCGGCCGACCCGCCGUCAGCCUGGAGCCUCUCAGCCCGCCCCGCCCGGAGGCCCCGCCCCUUUCCCCCGCUGAUAUCGCCAUUGCCGUCACCAGCGGUCACUUCUUCACGUCGACGCCUCCUCCUCGCACAGAGCUGCCGGACCUGCAGGCCCCUCUCGACCUCUACGACAACAAGUCCUGA